AUGUUCCAACAUGGAAUUGACUUCGAUGUCGUCCGAGGCACCGAAGAUGCUUCUGCUGCUCCGCGGAGUGAUCUUAAUACUUCCAAGUCUCUUUCGCCCGGUGCGAAUUUACCAAGCAAUGACGCCCAACGCCGCACAGAAAGAAGUCCGGGGUCGUUUGCAUACUCCCAGGAGUACCGGACUAUCGAAAACAUCAUGCAGGAGUCUACCAGAAACAAUUCAGGUCAUCCCACCUUUCACCAGUCCUUCGAUGCUAUGUUUGGUAAUACAGACGCCUUCCCUCUAUCCGUGGGUAGCGUGCCAACUUCCGUUACCAGCGGCCAUCCGCCGGCCGUCCAGAUAUUACAAUUAUGGCAGAUUUAUAUCAACAACGUCGACCCCCUUAUAAAGAUCAUCCAUGUGCCGACUUUUCAGGCGCAAAUAAUUGGCGCCAGCGCUGACCUAAGUAAUAUCCCGAAACCCCUCGAAGCUCUUAUGUUUGGAAUAUAUUCCAUGUCUGUGCUCUCACUGGCCGAUGAAGAAGCUCAGAAUAUGUUUGAUGAGAGCAAAGCUGUUCUUCUGAGCAAGUACCACCGAUCAAUGCAACAAGCCCUGGUAAAUGCCGAAUAUAUGAGAUCGAGUGAGCUAAUGGUGCUUCAGGCUUAUCUUCUAUACCUUUUCAGCGUGAGGAGCUUCACGGAUCCACGAUCUCUUUUCUGUCUCACUGGAAUUGCUGUCCGUAUAGCCACCCGUAUGGGCCUACAUCGCGAUGGGUCCCAUUGCCGCUUGUCGCCAUUUGAAACCGAGCAGCGGAGAAGACUAUGGUGGCAGAUCACCAUUCUGGAUGAACGGAUCGCAGAGUUGACUGGGCUGGCGACAACCACACUUCUGUCCCCAGACACAGACUGCUCAUUACCCUUGAAUGUCAACGACACUGAUUUGCAUUCGCAUGUCAAGGCUCCUCCAACUGCCCGUAUCAACGCAACAGAGACAACUUUCAGUCUCACACGAAUCGAACUAACAAUUGGGCCGACUCCCAGCGGUAUCCGGUGUAGACCAGACCCACAGGCCGCAGGUACAAAACGGCCGCACGAUAUCGAGGGGUACUUUGCGUACAUGGAAACCACCUACCUCCAACAUUGCGAUCCUGACAUUCCAGUCCACCUCUUCACACAUCUAAUGACACGCCUGUCACUAUGUAGACUACGCGUUGUCAACUUCAUGUCUCGAGGGAGUCCCACGACCGACCUGGAUGAGACGGAAUACGAUCGGCUCUUCAUCGCCGCCAUUAAAAUGUUAGAAUAUACGACUGAGAUUUGCACAAAUAAGGACCUUUCCGGCUUUAUUUGGUACAUGUACAUGCAUGUCCCGAUGCCCGGCUGCAUCUUCCUUGCAAGUGAACUGCAGCGACGCACCACGGGCGAAAUAUGCGAGCGUGCGUGGAAGGCGCUGCGCGACUACUUCAAUAAUGGGGGACUCGGCUGCAACUUUCAAAGCCCCGUGCAUUCUGCCAUCGCAAAUAUGCUUCUCAAGGCCUGGUACGGCCAUGACGAGGCUGAGCGCCUGCAGGGACGGGCGGCGCAACCUCCGGAGUUGAUAGUGCUGCUGCGCCAACGUUUGCGCAAGAAGCUCACUGGUCAUCCUGGUAGGGAGAGAAUUCCCACGGCCGAUGUAAGUCAUGCAAGCGAGGCUAUUCAAGAGCCAUGGGGGCAACCACAAGAAAGCGUGGAUUCCGCAUCUGGGAUGUUACCGAGUGAACAGAGGAUUGAUAUGUGGACUGGAUUGCCUGAGUAUACAGAAAUAGACUGCCCGCAGUUGCUGCAAUAUGGCAUGUUUGAAGGCUUGGAUAAUGGAUCCUGGCUUGAUUUUACCGGCGAAGGUGAUGCAUCUCUAUGA